UUCCCACUCCAAGAAAAACAGUUAAGAGCUUUUUGGGGCCAACAAAAUAUAAAAUAUGGAUAAUAGUCUCUUUCCAGAAGCCUUUAGCAGAGGUGGUCCUAUAGAAUGAAUGGAUCAAGUUUGGUUGGGGGCCCUCUACAGGAUGAGAUUCAAUCUUCACCAUGAUUGGCUCCUGUGAAUCUUUUUUUCCUAAAGACAAAGGAAAAGCCCAGACAAAGUAAAAUUGUAUUUGGUGCAAGAGCUCUUUCUUUACCAAGUCUGGCGGGCGUCUAGCAAAUUGUGCAAAGCUCAAGUUUCGAUUUCAAUUGAGCAGAGCUAGAGAGAUGAAGCAGGACAGUCCGAAAAGCCGUGCAAAGCACAAUUUUUCAUAGUAUGCAUUCAUUUCUAUGCAAAAUGCAGGGCGUUAAUGGCGUUUUGAAUCCAUUUUCAGCAAGAUGCCUUCAUUUUCAGGGCUUCAGUAAACCUUACUAUUCAACAAGGCUUCAAUGUGCUGGAGUUACGAAAAGGGUAACCCUGAAAUUCAAGGGUUCGAGUAGCUUGCCUGAAGUUCGAGCGGAAAUUGAGGAGGUGAGUCCGGCCGAUCAGCAGCAAGGGCAACGCCAAAGCGAAGAGCAAUCCCAAUCCCAAGCUCAAGCCCAAGCAAGGUUAAGCUUCUUGACGAGGUCUCAGACAUAUGCUUUACUCAAGAAGCAGAUGGCUGUGGCCGUCCAAAACGAGGAUUACAAAGAAGCUGCUCGUUUACGAGAUGCUCUAAAUUCGAUGGAAGAAGAGGAACCAGCUCUUUGUUUACAGAGUUUGUUGAAAAAGGCUAUUUCUGAGGAGAGGUUUGAAGAUGCUACAAAAUACAGAAACGAGCUUCAGCUUAUUGCUCCUGAUGCAUUUCUGAAGUGCUUAAGUGAUACCACUACAUUUGGAAUCAGAAUUCAAGUUAGGAGCGUAUACGUAAGAGGACGGAGCCAGCCAUUGAAGGGACAAUAUUUUUUUGCUUAUCGUAUAAGAAUCAGCAAUAUAUCUGAUCGACCAGUCCAGCUACUUCGUAGGCAUUGGGCUAUUACAGAUGCAAAUGGCAAAACUGAACAUAUACGGGGCAUUGGGGUUAUUGGAGAGCAGCCAGUUAUACUUUCUGGGACUAGUUUUGAGUAUUCUUCUGCUUGUCCUCUUGGAACUUCAACUGGAAAGAUGGAAGGUGAGUUUGAGAUGAAAUAUGUGGAUAAAGUCAAUUCAGAAACUUUUGAAGUUGUCAUUGGUGCCUUUGCUCUAUCUGUUGACGGUGAUGAAGAUUCUCCAUAAAGUUAUACCAUAUACAUAAGUAGCAAAGGAGUUUUUGUAGACUUGAAAAUUCAUGUUAGUUUGUAUCCAGGUUUCUUUGUCAGGGCAGCAUAUAUUAUGAAACAAGAACAUUUCUCUAUAAGAGAAGAUGAUUGGAAGAACUUUUUAUUUGAAAAUUAGAUUUUGAAGGGAUUUUGUAGCUAGAGUGCAUAGCAUGCAGUUUUAGUUUACAAUGAUUUUAAUAUUUACAAAAUGAUACGGGAGUUCAUUCUUUUGUUCACUUCUUGUCACAAGGAGGAAAGCGAAUGCUAUAUGACCACGAUUGAUGCUUUCAACUGUUGUUUCAAUUUAAACUUUUAAAGUGAAUCUGCUCUUUUCUGA